AUGAACCAGUUAAAGAUUGUGCUGUUUAUGAGAAAGAACAAAAAAUAUGGCGAGAAUGGAACUGGCCAGCACUUGACUGCCAUCCCACCUGAUGGGUUGGGAGAGCUUUCUUCUAAAACUGGGGCAGAGCAGCUGGAAAAACAAUAUUUGUACAAACAAUCGUUAAACAGCGACGGUCUAUGGCUCCGGACGAUGACCAGUGGCCUGAAGAUCUGCAGGUUCAGAUUCAAGCGGCGGCACCAGUUUCAAACAAAUAAAUUAAUGAGU